CACCACUUUCUUCAUCGCCCUCUUCCUCUUCCUCAUCCUCAUCAUCUUCGUCGACAUCAUCAUCCUCCUCCUCUUCCUCCUCAUCCUCAUCGUCGUCUUCUGCAUCCGCCAACGUCACCUCUACAUUGAACGCUUGCAUAUUUUGAAACGAACACAGGCUCACUUCCCUGAACUCAACUGUCUCAGGCGCCUCCGCGAGAAUCUCCUCCACAACACCCCUAAUAAUACUCUUCUCCUCCUCGCUCAACACCCUCGUCAUAUACGCCAAGGUGAUGUGAAACUUGAAAGAAUCAUGGUUCAGGUGCCUGAUCCCCGUGGCCUUCGACAACUCCUCCCGCAGGCCCACCAAGGACCCCGAGUCUGGCAGCGGCUGCAAGGCCAAUGCAACACUAUGCGUGAUCUCCGGAAUUUUGCGCUGGACCGCGAGACGGUACGGCGGCUUCGAUGACUCGUCAAGCUCGAGGUCUUCGAGUACGGACCUCGUGUACUCCAACCAGUCCUCGUACGGACCCGUUAGACCGGACUCGUAUUUGAUGUCGUCGGCGUAUCCGUCACCAGGCAUGACGUUUGGAGCGCGCUCAAGGUCGCGCACGCAGAUGAAGACGGUCAUGUGCCAGCUUGUUUCGGGGAGCAGCGCCUCGCCUGGGAACGCGGUACCCGCAAAGUCAAGCUCAGCGAGGGCCUCGUGGAUCUCUUGGAUUGUUUCUCGGAGGGGCGAGUCCUCGGGCAGAUGGCAGAUUACCGAGUGACCGCGGUAGAUCUUGCUGACGCCGUUGGGCCAGAACUUUUUGAUUGAGCCUGGGGGCAUUGAAUGGUCAGCCAUGGCUUUUGUGUAGCAGUUGGUGUGCAGGGUACGAUAACUUGGAAAUUGGCAGCGCUAUCUUGAUGGAGUGUCAGGUUUGAAAAUGGGAGAGACUCUUGAUUUAACCUGAUUGUGUCUCCAGGGCUUGAGGUCAGCCGCCAUGGAGAGUUGCCAAUAUUGGAUGAGGCUGCCGCAUCGAGAGCCCGAUUCAAGGCUCAGCAAAUGUUCACAUCUCAAUUGGUCGUUGCAAAAAUGAUAAUCAGGCGCCCACACCAUAUCGAACCUGCUUGACCGACUGGAAUUUUUCCUGAUGCUUCCCGUCAUGGCGCACAGUUCCCUUUCGAGAAAGGCCUACGUUCAACCUGGAAGAGAGGGAUAGUAACCCAGGUUUGCAAUAAACUAGCCAUUAUUUGCUAAAUGGUGUGGUAGCUUUCCGUUAUCGAAGGUCAGCUCUCGGUUUGGUGUUGACAGCAACAGGCUGGUACAGGCAUUGUAGCCGACACCAGUCGUUCUAGGCCAGACCACGUGUACAGGCUAUUGGCUUCGAGCAUGCGCGGCUGAGAUGCAGCCGGUAUUAGAUGCGGCGGCGAUAACCAGUGCCUGGGUAGCACACCCUGGUUCAAGUUGGUGGAUAUAGCCUUGCUUACUGCUUGACAACGAGAGGCUUGGAAACUGCUGAUGAAUCCGCCUAGUUAUAGCUGACCCCCUGCGGGGUACAUCCUGUAAUGGACUCGUGCAUACUGGUGGCUUGCAACUUCUGCAUGUUUGAUCGCCAGCACCAAUUGUAUCAGCCGCUUCGGCCUCACCACGGUAUCUCCGCGUGACCCGAGCUCCCGCAGCCAAGGGUUGUCGGGUGGAUUAGGAUAAGGCUGGGAAAAAUGUUCUUCUUUGAUCAGUAUGGAAGCACUGAAAGAUCGUCAGCUCAAUCACAAUCCUGGCCGACACAUGCAAUGCUGUUGUGGGCGAGAGGCUCAGACAGCCGGCGAUUAAGAGGGCUAGACAUGGACGUCCGACUGGCCUCGCAGUUUCAACUCCUGUACAUGGUUCCACAUAGCCUACCAUCACGCGAUUCCCGGAGAGUUUGGCCCUGGUACCGCCGUGAUGGAUCCGAUUUCGGCUGCAAGUAUUGCGGGGACAACAGUCCAGUUCCUCACCCUUGCUUUCGCCGUGUCAUCGCGCAUCCAAAAGUAUUGCAAAUCCGCCUCGAACGUUCCAACAACAUACCGAGAAUUAUCAACGCAGAUACCUCUGUUGGCAGAGCUCUUUCGUGACUUGCAGAGCGACCCGACCGUAAAUCCUGACCAGCGGCUGGAACAAGUGCUCAACGGGUGCAUUCGCAACCUGACAACCCUCAACCAGAUCCUCACAAAAGUCCUCCCCGAGCGCGGAGACUCGGUCGCGUCAAAAGUUCUGAAAGCCCUACGCAGUGUUGGUGCAGAAGACAAAGCCAAGGAGUGCAAGGCAGAACUUGAAAGUUACAAGACAACGCUCACGUUGUACCUCGGGGCGCAGGCGUCCUUCAAGGCAGCUCCGCCCCCUCCAUCACCGGCGUACUAUCACCUUCCCUCGCUCGGUCGGGCCAAAUUUAUCGGACGCAAGGACACCCUGGAGGCAAUUGACCGCGUUGUCAAAGCGCAAGGCAGAGACACAAACGUCGCCGUCCUGCUUGGUAUGGGCGGGCAAGGCAAAACCAGCCUUGCGAUUGAAUAUUGUCGACUCGAGAAAACACGUUCACACUUUGAGACAAUCCUGUGGAUAAAUAGUAUCUCGACAAUCUCGAUUCAGAGGAGCUUCGCGGAGAUUGCAAAGAAUAUCCUCGCGCUUUCUGGAGAACAGCGCAGUUUUCCAAACAUCCAGGCGCAGGUUACCUUUGUUCAUACUGUCAUUGAAAAGAAAGGUGGCCAUUGGUUACUUGUCUUUGACAACUACGACUGGCCGCAUAAAGUCAAGAAUAUCCUCGAUUACGCGCCCAAUUCGGCGAGAGGAGCUGCUAUCAUGACCACAAGACAUGCCGAUGUCGCUCCCUUGGGAACUCUGAUUCCUGUCGAUGGUAUGAGUGAAGCGGACGCAGUUGAGCUUCUCCUUGAGCGGACGGGCCAUGCUCGGACAAUUGCAAAUUUGACUCAGUCAAGAGCGGUUGUCAAACUGCUUGGAUACUUGCCGCUCGCAAUUGACCAAAGCGCUGCCUAUAUCAGGUCACGAAAGAUCAGCCCGGAGGACUUCCUCGACCACUACAAGAACCGAAAGGAGAAGAUCCUCAAAGAUGUACCGAGUAUCUGGGAAUACCAAAGGUCGCUUGGCGGCGAUGGGAAUGAGACACCCCUCAGCGUGUUCACCACUUGGGAGAUGUCGUUCCUUCAGGCAUUGGAGCACAGUCCCAUUGGGGAUUGUCUUGCGGACUUUCUCAGUACCCUUGCCUUCUUCGCUCCGCUUUAUGUUCGGAUGGAGAUGUUUCAAGCGUACUUUGAAGGGCUGCAAGCAGUCAGUGCGACACUUCCGCCGUGGAUAGAUGCUUUCGCGGGCGGGCCCAAGUGGGACAAGUUUGGAUAUCAGGAUACUGUUGUCUUUCUUGCAGAUCUAUCGCUUGUACGCUAUAGCGGCGGCUCCACUAGUGAUGGCAAUGACGACGUGGACACCACGGGAUUCUGCACACUUUCUCUACAUCCGCUCGUACGCGACUGGAUUCAGCUGAGGAUACCAACAAGCGAACGUCGCGCCCGCUGUAUCGAGGCACUUCUUCUUCUCAGUCACUACAUAAAGGCAGCCGGUAUCGACUAUUGCAAUUGGCCGCUGAAGAUCCGUCUACAAGCUCUAUCCCAUGUCGACGCCAGUCUGGAACUUCAGGCCAAAUAUGCAAGGGAAUGGGCGGGUGGACCUAUGUAUCAAGAGCUUUGUGCCGCUUUGAAAGUGAUAUCCACCUUUUAUGCCGACAACGGACGUUACAAGGAAGCCGAGAGGAUUUGCAAGGACGUCCUGCACGCCGAUACCAAGGUCCAGCGGGACAACACGGAGAUUGCGUGCACACAGGUGCAACUCACGGACAUCUUCCUCCUUCAAGGCCGCUACAGGGAUGUCGAGGAGACCAUUUGGCGGCUAUUGAGCUCGGAUACCGCGUUUGAUCAGGGAACGAAACUCCACAUGUCGAAGAAUCUUGCUCGCUCAUUGUUCAAACAAGGACGCUAUGACGAGUCAGUCACCAUCUACAAUGACAUUCUUCGUCAGCAAGCAAUCUUUCUACCUACUAAUGAUCUGGACGUGCUCAAUACACGUGAGCUCCUGGCCCAGGUAUACCGUAACCAGGGCCAGCAUGAGAAGGCAAUUGAGCUGUACGAUAUGGUUCUUGCUGGGUACCGAGCAGAAGGACUCGCAAGUCAUCUAGAGGCUCUACACUGUAUGGUCAACCUGGCAAAUACAUACCGCGCACAGGCACGAUAUGACCUGGCCACUACACUCUACGAGAAGGCCAGCCUCGAGGCCGCCGCCAAGCUCCAUGCCGACCACCCCACUGCGCUCUCCACCAAGAUGUUCAUGGCAAUUAAUCUGCGCGAGUUACAGCGAUACGAAGACGGCGAGGAAGCAUUCCGCGAUGUCAUUGAGCGGUCGGCGCGUGUGCUAGGCCUGCAGCAUCCAGACACCCUGAAAGCCACCAUGAACUAUGCAAUAUUAUGCGACCGGUGGGGAAAGGUGCGCGAGGCAGAAGAGUUGUAUCGUACUACACUUGAAGGGCGGGAAAAGAAGCUCGGCGUCGAUAACCCUUAUACACUACGCACCGUGGAGCGGCUGGUGAGUCUGCUCUGGAACUCAGGCAGGCUGGAAGAGGCCCUGGAAAUCUCCGCACGGACCCUUUCUGCCCAGAAGCGAAAGUCCCACACCGACCAGCUGCUAAGUGGCCUGACUCUGGAGGACAUGAAGGAUAGCAAGUAUCGUCCCGUCGAGACCCUCUUCGAAAGAGCCGUAGCUCGUGACAUGGAAGCCCUCGACGAAGCGCACCGCGACAGAAUCGAGUCGCAGAAAUCUCUUGCAACCAUUUACAGGUCACAAGGUCGCGAUGCGGAAGCGAAGCAUUAUGCAAGCCUUGCGCAGGCGGGGGAGGAUGUCCUACGUGAGAGACUCGGUGUUGCCUUGCGGCAGAGAAUGGAUUCGGCGUCGACCCUCGUGCCGCCUGGAGCCGGCCUGUUGUCCUACGAGGAUGCUGUUGGUGACCCGUCGCCGCCUUAUUCAGAGGGUAGUGACUAGUUACAGCACCUAUACUGUGCUAUAUUCACCUGUGGAGUUGUAAGUCGAGCUUCGUAUAUGCUUUUCAUAAUGAAUGCUAGCUAGCUAGAUUCCGGCCAUGCUUG